AUGAAUUGCACCUAUCACGCUAAGAGUCAGAUAUCAUGCAUUUGUGUAGCUCCUCAUAAAUGUUAAUGUAAAAGGAAACUGUGUGCUCAAUGUAUUUACGAACACGGAGUUGACGCCAAACAAGCAGUUCCAAUAAAUAUAUUUCAAGAACUACUUUUAGUUAAAUUAAAUGAAUAUAAACUUGAUGAAACUUCUGAAUUAAUAAAAUAGAAAUUGAAUUUUAAAUCAAUGCUGUCUGAAACUUUAAGUGCCAUGAAAAAUAUUUGGGAAUAAUUAUAAGAAACAAUUACAUAAAUAUUCGAUAUGAUUGAGAUAUAAAAUAAAUUAUAUUUGAAUAUUGUAAAUGAGAAUGCCAAUAUUGCAGAAUCAUCAGAGACUCACUUAGAAGCAUUAGUACGGAUUUUCUAAGGAGAAACAUUAAAAAAUUGGACUAAUUAAAAAAAUUCAUAUUUGAAAUAGUUGGAUAAGGUGAAGGAUUGGUGGAGUUAAGAAAUUAAGGCGUUUAAUGAAAAGAUGAAGAAGUAAAUGAAAGAAUUUCUAAAUUCAAAUAAGUAAUUAAUUCUAAAUCUAUUUUAGGAAUCCACCAGUCCAAAAAUAAGAAUAAGUUUAAAAUUCAGAUACAUUAGCUAGUAAAAACACUUUUACUUUUUCUAAAAUUUAUAAAUACCCUUCUUGUGAAGUAUCAUAAAAUGGAAGGAUGUAUUAUAAUAACGCUCUAUUUUAUUCAUGUUUAUGCGAUUAAGCUAUUCCUUAAUUUGGCAUAGUGAGAUUUGCUUUUUUUAUACAUAAUGUCAUUAAUGAUCAGACUAUGGUUGGAAUAGGAGCAAGAGAAAUAAUUUCUAAGAACGGGUAUCUAAAUUUACAGGAUGCAGGUAAAGGGUAAAGAAAACAUAUUUAUUUAGGGCCUAUCUUAUAAUGAGUAGUGGCUAUUGUUUUAGUCAUCAUCAACAAGAGAAAUAUCAUGCUAGCAUUCCAUUCAAAUUUACUAAUAAUGAUAUUAUUAUUAUAGAAGUUGUGAUUUAAUAAAAGUACAUUAAAUGGAUAAAAAAAUCUACUAAAUAAUCUUAUGUAAGUUUAAUCUGAAGAUUUAGCUCCUUGAAAUUAAUCCAAAUUACCAGUAUUAUCCUUGUAUUAAUGGUCCAGGAAAAGUAGAAAUUAUGGAUGAUAUAAGUCUAGAAAAAUAAUAAUAUAAUUGUUGA